AUGGCCAAAAAGCAUAAGCCAAAGGGCAAGAAAGGAGGUCGGAAUGGAGGAUCCAAAGGAGGCAGCGCCAAUGGAAGUACAAAAAGCAAUAGGAAAAAAGGCGGACAAGGAAAAAGUAGCGGCGCUGGUCGCAACAGCUCCGACAAUCGAAUUCCAGGUCGUAGAAAGGAUGAUACAGAUGAUGUGAAUCCAAUUUCUGGUAACCAUAACCAUCAUCAUCGCCACCAUCACAAAAUGUCAAUGAAACGAGAAGCUUGGCUUACGUCAGAACAUAGAGAGCACUCGAGAGGAAAAUUAAGAUUGAUGCCUAUGGUAUUUAUCAAAUCGUCUGAAGUAUAUGAUCCAUCUAAAAUGGAAUGGGACAAUGUUAAUAAAAUAAUGCGGCAGCCAGAGCCGAGUUUGUUGAAUAUGGACAUGGAUAUCGAAAUUGAACAAGAAGUGGAAAUUGAUGCUGUCCUAGUCGAUGAUUCCAAUCUGUAUCUCGAAGCUAGUCAUCCAAAUGAAACGAGUCAAGCAGAAAUCUCCAAACAAAUUGAAAAUGAAUCCCCAAGAGGUAACAAGAUUUUCGCUGAAUCAAGCAUUCUUAUUACCUCUGACAAGGAUGAACUAUCUCACUCGGACGAUAAUAUUGUUGCAGAAGGGCAAGGCGAUGAUGAAAGGAGCGAAACUGCUUCCUCAGGGUCGGUUUUACAAAGUUCGCCUCGACCAGGCUCGUUUGCUCCGCUGAGUUAUGAGACAAGAUUGGGGUCGACCAAAAAUACUUUGCAACAAAGUAAAGUGUUCAAUUCUACUAAACUAUCUCAUAGGGCUAAUGAUCUACCAGUCGAUGUAGACCACCAGGAGUACUCAAUAGGUACCGCAGGAACAGCCGACGACGAGGACGAAGAUGAAGCUCAGUCAACCAGUGAAGAGGAUGAUGACGAAGAUAUGUCCAACCAUUCUAGUGACUUGGAAUAUGAACAGCUUAUUGGACUUCGGAGGCUAGCUCUACGUGACCUUGAAGUUGGCGACUCAAUAGACGAUGAAUACGAUGAGCUAUCACAAUAUGCAGAUAGUUCAUCUAAUAAUGAUUACGGCAGCGAUUUAUACGAUACGUAUGAUGAUGAUGAUGAUGAUGAUGAAGAGGAUGACUAUAUUGAAGACAAUGAUGGAGAUGAUGAAAGCGAUUAUGAUCCUGAGGACCUCCGAGAAGGUGUUUCCGGUUUCCCUCUUGAUGAUUCUGAUACUGAGCCAUUACCAGAUGGCCCGGUUGUAAAGAUUAUCAGUACGCAAUAUGGGGCCAAUGGGAAAGAAUUUGUUGUUCAGUGGUCAGAUGAGUAUGCGCUCAUCAGGGAAUCUAACAAAAUUGAUGAGGAUGAGUUCUAUGAGUUGUAUCAAGAUCAUGGAUAUACUAAUGAAAAGAUUGCCAAGAAAAUAAGGAGUCUCGGUGCCAGUAUGUCUGACGAUGAAGAGGCGGAGGACAAUAGGCAGGAACUAUAUUUCGAAGAUACCCAAGGAAUGGAUGCCUUUGCUUCUAGUGGCGAUGAAUUGGAUGCCAUUAUCCGUCAACUGGUACAAGAAGAUAAUGAUGUAUCGGCUCGUAAGAAGAAAAAUAAAGAUGCAAUUCUUGAAUCUUUUUCUGAAAGUGUCCUGGAGGCUCCGAAAAGGGUCAAAAAAGGAAAAGUACCCAAGUUCGAAGUGUCUGAUGAUGAAAUCAGAGAGUAUCUAGAGAAGCAAUGGGUGAAGUCUCGUGAAGCUAAAAGAAUUCGAAAGCAGCAACGCGAGGAGUUGAGAAAAGCAGGUCUGUUGAAAAAGCCUAAGAAGUCAGCUAAAGAUGUGACCCAUUUGAAGUAUAGGUAUCUUGAUAAAAUUACUGUGGAUGAUGUCGUUCAAGAGAUUGAGAAUUUUAUCCACAAUGAAUCAACAACAACCUUGCAGUUCCCACCAGUGGAUUACAAUGCACGUUACAUUAUUGAGAAGCUGUGUCAAGCAUAUUAUUUGAAAUCACAAUGUCGGGGAGAUGGUUUAAAUAAGGUGAUAAUUGCCACGAAAACUUCUAGCUCUUUUGGUGACUUUGAUGAGCCAAAGGUUAACAGAUACUUGAACAGAAGAAAAGUGUUUCCUCGCACUGAUACUAAGCGUGAGAGUGUCAGAAGGAAGAGGCCAGCAGAAAUGAAACUUCAAAAAUCUAGUGGUGGCGGUGGAAUUGUCCAUCAUAAGGAAGGUGAUGUUGUUGGAGCUACCGCUGAUGAACUAGGAGCAGAUAAUAUUGGAAGACAAAUGCUCGAAAAGAUGGGUUGGAAGGUAGGUAUGGGAUUGGGUACCCGAUCGGUUGGUAUAAUCGAGCCUAUAGCUGCCAAGGUCAAGAAAACGAAGUGGGGCAUUGGUAUGGAUAUUUAG